AUGCCCAAAGAUCGUCAAUCAACUGUACGACAACGUCAACAACGACCAAAGAAUAAACAACAAAUCUCUACAACAGAACAAGCCAAAAUAGAAAAAAAUGAGAAUUAUUUUCAGUCAUCUUCGAUUACAUAUCUAUUGGUUUUAUUAAUUAUUGCAUUUAUUAUAUCUUAUUUACAUUUUUAUUAUAUUUAUAAAUUAUUUGAGAAUGAUAAACAUUUUUCACAUUUAUCAACAUUAGAACGUGAAUUAUCAUUUCGUACAGAAAUGGGUCUUUAUUAUUCAUAUUUUAAACAAAUUGCUAUUGAUUCAUCAUCAUUUACACAAGGAUUUCUUUCGAUUGUAUUUGAUAAUCGAACAGAAGCACCAACAACAAUCAAUGUUUUAGAACGUUUUAAUCUUUAUCCGGAAGUUUUACUUGGUUUUAUUUAUCGUAUUAUGAGAUCUCAAAAUAUGUUAUCAGAAGUAUGUUAUCAAGUUACGCGUGGAGAAACAAUGAGUCCAGUUUCAUCAUGUGAAGGACACAAAGAACCAACUUAUUUUUAUGUAACAAGUGUUUUUAUACUCUAUGGAAGUUUACUUGGUGGUCUAUUUUUAUUUGGAACAUAUUUAUCAAAAAGUAUCCUUGGUGGAAUAUUAACAACAUUGGCUUAUAUAUACAAUCAUGGUGAAGCAACAAGAGUUAUGUGGACACCACCACUUCGUGAAAGUUUUUCAUUUCCAUUUCAUAUUCUACAAUUAUUUAUUGUUACAUAUGUUUUACAACAGCAACAAACUUUGAUGAAUACUGAUGUACUCAAAUCUCUUUUAAAAUAUAUAAAGAAAACAGAUGCACCAAUAUCAAUUGAAUUACAACAAAAUAUCAUAUCUCGUAAACGUAAAAUACAACUUGUACUGUUACUUAGUGGUUCAACAGUACUCUAUAUGUUACCAUGGCAAUUUGCUCAAUUUACAUUAGCUACUCAAUUAUUAUCACUUGGUCUUCUCUAUAUACUUGAUCUUCUACCAUUUCCACAAUUCUUUUUUAUUGUAUGUACUCAAAUCCUUUCAUUAAUAAUAUCAACUAUAUUAAUGUUUGGCAAUCGAAUGUUAUUAACUUCUUUAUUUUCAACAGUUUUAUUCUCAUUUUAUUUCGUUUGUAUUCUGGAUUAUAUUUAUCUUAAUUCAUCUUCUUUAUUUCAAUCCUAUCGAAUUGUUAUUAUACUUCGUCGAAUAAUCUUCUUUUUAAUUUCAUUUAUUUUUAUUAAAUUUAUUAUUAUUAAUUAUCUAUUUAAAUCACCAGAUGAUGAUGCUCAUAUUUGGGAUAUAUUGAAGUCAAAACUUUCUUCAAAAUUCCGUACAUUUGAUACACAAUUAUAUACAUGUGCAAAAGAAUUUGAUUUUACUGAUUUAGAAACAAUAACAAAAUUAUGUCAAACUGGUCUUAUUCCAUUUUCAUUUAUAAUUCUAUGUCGACUAGCAUAUAGUUUUCUAUUAGAUAUAUUUCAAAAUCAUAAGAAUGAAUAUAAACAAAUAUGGAAUUAUUAUCAUCUUAUUCAAACAGGUGCUUAUAUUUUAAUGGGUAUAUUCAUAAUGCGUUUAAAAUUAUUUCCUGUACCACAAUUAUGUCUUUUAAUUAGUCUUUAUAUGAAUGAACAGUUAUGGCCAAAAAAGAUUAAAAAAAUAACAAAAUGGAAAACUGUACUUUUUAUUUUCAUCGUCAUUGCAAUGACUAUUCAAGGAAAAACGAAUAUUAAAGAACAAUUAGCAAUUAAAGGAGAAUAUUCAAAUUAUCCAAUGGAAAAAAUGAUUGAAUGGAUUAAUUCUAAUACUCAAAAUGAUUCGAUUUUUGCUGGUACAAUGCCAACUAUGGCUAAUUUAAAAUUAUCAACUGGUCGUUCAAUUAUUGUUCAUCCUCAUUAUGAACAUGGAAAAAUACGACGUCGUGUUAAACUUGUUUAUACAAUGUAUUCACGAAAACCACUUCGUCAUAUUCAUUCAAUAUUAAAACAAUUUCAAGUUAAUUAUUAUGUUUAUGAAUCUCAUUGGUGUACAAUAACAAAUCGUCCAAAAGGAUGUUCAUUUCCUGAAAUGUAUGAUAUUGAUGAAGAAGAUGAACGAAUAUUACGACGUACAACACUUGCUUGUCACACUCUUCAAUCUCAUCCUGAACCAUAUUUUAAAAAACUUUUUACUUAUGAUCAUCUCAGUAUUUAUGCAGUUUUAUAA